AUCUGUGGGCAUUAUUGCAGCCUUUCUUUCAAGCAGGACCAUUCGCUCUUUCAUAUAAUGGUCCAGUUGUAUUUUCUUACAUUGCACGAAUUAUUUUCUUGAACAAUAUCCACGUUUAGGAACUGUUUGGACCUGCUUUCUGUGUGCACUUUCAGGAAAAUCAAAACAAUGGAACCGAAAGCACUGCUAUGGUUAAGGUACGUCUCGAUCUUCGUAUUCCUUGCUGCUGUAUUUCAGACAGCAGUUGCUGUUACUCACUACACAAUUCCCGAAGAAAUGGACGAAGGGUCUGUGGUUGCAAAUUUGGUGUCUGAUUUGGGACUGGAUUUGAAUAGUCUUAGUAAACGCAAAAUAAGGUUGGAUGUCGUCGCUAAUAAAAAAUAUCUUGACGUUAACAAAGAUACUGGAGAGCUGUACAUUUUAGAAAAGAUUGACAGAGAAUAUCUGUGCACAUCAAAAUCAGCUACAACAUGCGUUCUUAAAGUGGAUGCCACAUUAGAGAAUCCUAUUCGAAUGUUUAAUAUUGAACUUGAGAUAAUGGACAUAAAUGAUAAUGCGCCACGUUUUCGUCGGGAUACGAUGCAUUUAGAUAUAUCAGAGGCAACGGCAAUAGGGGAGAGGUUUUCCCUCACAAAUGCUGUAGACCCUGAUACAGGUUCAAAUUCUGUAAAGACAUACUAUCUCAGUGAAAACGACCAUUUUAGUAUUGAGAUUCAGACUGGACGAGACGGAUCUAAGUUUGCUGACUUAAUAUUGAAAAAGUCAUUAGACAGAGAAAAACAAGCUUUACAUGAUCUGAUACUAACUGCUGUGGAUGGCGGAGUCCCCGCGCGCUCUGGCACUGCUAGCAUUAUUGUGCGCGUUCUGGACACGAAUGACAACGCCCCUCAAUUCGGCAAAGAAAGUUACACUAUAAAUCUAACAGAAAACGCACCUAUUGGUAGCCUUGUAUUGAAAUUAAACGCCACAGAUAAAGAUGAAGGAGCUAAUUCAGAUCUAUUUUACUCUUUUAGUCUAUAUACCUCAGAAAAAACUCAGCAGACAUUCAGUCUGAAUCCUGACAAUGGAGAAAUCAGAGUGAAAGAAAUUAUUAAUUACGAGGAUUUCAGGAUCUACGAUAUGGAAAUUAUAGCAACAGACAAAGGGUCUAAUAGUCUUUCUGGAAAGUGUAAAGUAAAGAUUUUAGUCACAGAUAUAAAUGACAAUAAUCCAGAAAUUUCCAUAAAAUCAUUCUCAAGUCCAGUUAAAGAGGAUAUACCUGUUAAUACAGUAAUCGCAGUUGUUAGUGUGAGUGAUAAAGACUCAGGAGAAAAUGGACAGGUAGAUGUUCAUAUUUCUGAUGAUUUACCUUUUGCGCUCAAAGAAUCGUCUGAUAAUUAUUAUGAAUUAUUAGUUUCAGAACCGUUAGACCGUGAAAAGGUUCCAGAAUAUGACAUCACUAUUACCGUGACUGACAGGGGCAACCCGCCGUUAUCUGAUAAUGAAACUAUAACUUUAGAGCUACUGGACAUUAACGACAAUGUCCCUCAGUUCCCACAGACAUUCUACACGAUACCUGUUAUGGAGAAUAACGCGCCUGGAGCUUUACUGAGCUCUUUAACAGCUAUAGAUCCAGAUCUCCAUGAAAAUCAGUAUCUAGUCUAUUUUAUAAUAGAGAAGGAAAUAGUGAACACCUCCAUGUCCAUGCUUUUCUCUAUUAACCCAGAGAACGGCAAUCUUUACGCGCUAAAGACGUUUGACUAUGAGAUAGAGAAGGAGUUCCUUUUCCACAUCGAGGCCAGAGACUCUGGUGUUCCUCCGCUCAGCAGUAACGUGACCGUUCACAUUAUUAUCAUGGAUCAGAACGACAACACGCCGCUUAUAGUGUCUCCAUGGCGCGCGCACGGCUCGGUGGUGGAGGAAAAGAUCCCGAGAUCCACCGAUAAAGGAACUCUGAUCGCCAAAGUCAUCGCCAUAGACUCUGAUUCAGUGCACAACUCUCGAAUCACGUACCAGUUUCUCCACAACACUGACGCCACAUUAUUCAGCUUGGAUCAAUAUAACGGAGAGAUCCGGACCAUGAGGAUGUUCAGUUACAGAGACUCGCGCCACCAGCAGCUGGUUGUGAUCGCCAAGGACAACGGAGAGCCCGCGCUCUCUGCUACAGUCACCGUCAAACUGUCCACGGUGGAGAUCGCCCUUAAAACCUAUGCUGACAUGACUGAGGUGCCUUUGGGAUAUGACAUCUUCUCCGAUUUAAACCUGUAUCUGGUGAUCGGACUGGGCUCUGUUUCAUUUCUUCUACUCAUCACUCUAUUGGUCACCAUCGUGCUGAAGUGUCAGAAAACGAAGCCCAGCAAAGCGGCUCCUCCGUGCAGGAACAGUGUGAUCAGCAGCGAGAGGAACUCGACCAUCGCGGAUUCCACUCUGGUCUCCAACGAUGCCUACUGGUACAGUUUAUUUCUAGCUGAGACGAGGAAAGGAAAGCUGGUGGUCAGACAGCCUGUGCCAAAGGGAGCGAGAUACAUCGUGUCCAGUUUACCGAGGAGCACAGGACUGACCGAGACCAGCGACUCAGCUGCUUCUACUCUACAGGUAAGAUCACAUUUUAUAGUCUACAUUUUUAUUAUUUUAUGUAAAAGUAUUAUGACUUAUGAAGCACCCAAUCGGAGGUAAGAAUAUUUCAA